AUGAACCAGACCACGAGGCGCGUAGCGUCGCACGUCCUUCGCAGACCUCGCAACCCAGUACUUCUGAGAUGCCCAGGGAGAUGGAACUCCACAUUUGAACAGAGAGAAUGGUCCACGCCGCUGGCAAAAACAUUGGCCAGUGUCAUGAGGGUCACUGGUCCUGUACCAAUAGCGGCGUUCAUGCGUCAGGUAUUGACUUCCCCAGAUGGCGGAUAUUACACAACUCGAGGGGAGGGCGGAGGUGUCUUCGGCAAAAAUGGUGAUUUCGUAACGUCGCCCGAGAUCUCGCAAGUCUUUGGAGAGUUGAUCGGUAUAUGGACUAUCGCGGAGUGGAUGGCGCAGGGGCGGACAAAGAGUGGUGUUCAGCUGAUGGAGGUUGGCCCAGGAAAAGGAACUUUGAUGGAUGAUAUGCUGCGGACUUUCCGAAACUUCAAGAGCUUUUCUUCGAGUGUUGAAGCUAUUUACCUUGUGGAAGCUAGUGGAACUCUCCGAGAAGUGCAGAAGCGGUUGCUGUGCGGCGAGGAGGCUGUGAUGGAGGAGACGGAUAUCGGGCAUCGGAGUGUGUGCAAGUACUUCGAUGUACCCAUCGUCUGGGUGGAGGAUAUUCGUCUUCUACCGCAUGAAGAAGGCAAGACACCCUUCAUCUUCGCACAUGAAUUCUUCGACGCGCUUCCAAUUCACGCAUUCGAAUCUGUUCCGCCAUCACCAGAGAACCAGAUUGCCAACGAGCCAAGAAAGAUCAUGACUCCCACUGGCCCAGUAGAACUACAUAAUCCGCCCAAACACGCAAACACCCCGCAAUGGCGUGAGCUAAUGGUGACAUUAAAUCCAAAAGCCGUGGAAGAGAACAUAAAAGGAGAGCCCGAGUUUCAAUUAACCAAAGCCAAAGCUUCCACGCCGUCAUCGCUAGUGAUCCCGGAGAUCUCCCAGCGUUACCGAGCACUCAAGUCGCAGCCAGGCGCGACCAUCGAGAUCAGCCCCGAGAGCCGAAUCUAUGCUGCAGACUUUGCGCGCCGGAUCGGUGGUGACUCUGCUUCUGCGCUUGCUGCUAAAAAGACCUCUCCUUCUAGCCCACCGCCGUCAUCUCAGAAAAAGACUCCAUCUGGCGCAGCCCUGAUCAUGGACUACGGGACAUUGUCAACCAUUCCCAUUAACUCGCUGCGCGGAAUCAAAAGCCACAAGAAGGUGCCACCACUCUCGGAACCGGGGCGUGUGGAUGUCAGCGCGGAUGUGGAUUUCACUUCGCUGGCUGAAGCGGCUAUCGAAGGCAGCGACGGCGUCGAGGUUCACGGUCCUGUUGAACAGGGUGAUUUCCUCGCAGCCAUGGGUAUUGAGGAGCGCAUGCAGCAGUUGCUCCGUAAGGUGCAAGAUGAAGAACACAAAAAGACACUAGAGACCGCCUGGAAGCGAUUGGUUGAGAAGAGCGGCGGAUCAAUGGGACAAAUCUAUAAGGUCAUGGCCAUUAUACCUGAAAAUGGAGGGCAGAGACGGCCUGUUGGUUUUGGAGGCGGCAUUCAGAUGUAA